UUUUCGUCACAUUGUGACAAUAUGAUGAAGUGAAACUGUAUUUGCUGCCACCAACAUCACUGUGACUUAGAGAACCAAGAAAAGGUGGAGACAAAUGACAGUGAUAUGUGACCUAUUUGUUCCCGUCAGCUUGGCAUCAUUACUCAGAAAAUGAUGCCUUCCUCUGAUCUGGCUUUGCUGUUUGUAGCUCUUUUACAAAUCACUUCAGAAUGCACAGAUGUCAAAACCAUUCAGGCAGUGAAGGCAGCACCGGGCACACAGGUGCGUCUGAGCUGUCCUAUCAACAAAACGUCAGGACGAGUGGGGAACAUCACGUGGUUAAAGGUCAAAGGAGGCCUUGAAAGCAUGAUAUUUAACUCGAACAACACAACUCUGACUAUUCAGACUGUGAGUUCCAGUGACAGUGGCUUGUACCGAUGUAAGCACAGUCUGGGACAAAGUCAGCACUGCUUUGACAUCCAUCUGCAUGUUCAAGAGGAAGACGUGGUUGUGGCCACAACAACAGAAACCAGCCCAAUUAUAGCAACACAGACUGUGCCAGCAGUCAUCACCACUGAGAAUGUCUGGGAGCAGCUGAAGACUGACAGAACAUUUAUCAUCACCGUAGCUUCUGUCGUCACUGGGAUUGCCUUAACUGCUGCACUGACAGCAGGAUUCAUAGCUUGUCAUAGAUGUGUUGUGCACAGAAUUAACGCACACAACCAGAGCCAGCCAGAAAUCUUUGCACCGGUGAAUGUUUUUGAGAUUAUGGAUGCUGCAGCCUCAGAAGAGCUGACGGCCCAACAAAUCAACAGUCUAUACAACCAUUUCCAAAAUGAAACCCUGUCCUCAUUCAAAUAUGACUAAUUUCACUCUCCUCAAGAAGACCAAGAUGAUUUUCAACAGAAAUUUGAAGCGCUGUCAAAAAUGGGAUUUGCAGUUUUGCAUUUAUGCCUUGCAUAAAGUAAUGUAGCAUCUACUAGUACUACUGUAUAACCUGCAGUAAGUCUUUUCCAGAUGAGAAACAGUUGCUGUGUUGCCUGAAUGCCUGUUUAAUAAGCCUAUUUUUUGUGCAGUAUUUCUUACAAACAUUCAUCUCAGGCUUUAAAGAGAUGCUCUUGUAUUUGAUUAUUUAGUCUUCCUGUUAAAAUAAUCAGAAUAAUUAGCAGCCCUGCCACAUAGCAACAGAGGGUGGAGACUGUGUGAUUGGCUCAGAAUGAUUCUUUGGUGGAUGAAGUCCUGUAUCUCAAAAAGUAAUGGAUGGACAAAGUUUGUGGAGAGAUGUGUUGAUAACAUAUGACAGAUUUGCUCCCAGCUAUUUUCCUCUUUCUUUCACUUUGCAAGACAGGUU